GUGGUCUCAGAGCUUCACUUUCAUCUUCCAUAUAUCCUUGACACAAAUCUGGGGCUCCAUUCAAGUUCCAAAGUUUCAAACACAGUUCUGAGACAUAUGGGUGCUGUCGAGAAGAUCCGCGAGAAGCAGCGGGCCAAGGGGCCGGCGACCAUCCUUGCCAUGGGGACGGCAAAUCCGGCACACUGCAUGUACCAGGACAAGUACCCCGACUUCUACUUCCGUGUGACAAAUAGCGAGCACAUGACGGCCCUCAAGCAGAAGUUCAUCCACAUAUGUGCCAAGUCAAUGAUCCACAAGCGCUACUUACACUUCACCGAGGAGCUUUUCAAGAAAAACCCCGAGAUCUGCUCGCAUGACGCCCCUUCACUCAACGCACGCCAGGACAUAAGCAUCGCCACCAUCCCGAAGCUCGGCGAGGAGGCGGCACGGAAGGCCAUCAAGGAUUGGGGCCAACCCAAAUCCAAGAUCACCCACAUCGUAUUCUACUCUACCUCUGGCGCCGACAUGCCUGGCGCCGACUACCAGCUCAUGCGCCUCCUCGGCCUUGGUCCCUCCAUCAAGCGCGUCAUGCUCUACCACCUGGGCUGCUAUGCUGGCGGCACCGUCCUCCGCGUGGCCAAGGACCUCGCUGAGAACAACGCCGGCGCCCGCGUCCUAGUCGUCUGUGCCGAGAUCAAUGUCACUUCCUUCCGAAGCCCCUCCCCCGAGGACCUUCCCAACCUUGUGGGCCAGUCCAUCUUUGGGGAUGGCGCGGCUGCGCUCAUCAUAGGGUCCGACCCGGAGAUCCCCGCCGAGCAGCCCAUAUUCCAACUCAUGUGGACUGCGGAGACCAUUUUGCCAAACUCCGAGGGUACUAUCAAGAGCCAGGUGCGCGACACUGGGCUCACCUUAUUCUUAUCUGACAAGGUCCCACUACUGAUCGCAAACAACAUCGAGAAAAGCUUGAACGAGGCAUUCGAAUCGCUCGGCAUAAGCGACUGGAACUCCAUCUUUUGGGUGCCUCAUCCGGGUGGCCCGGCUAUACUCAACCAAAUCGAGGCCAAACUGGGCUUGAAGAAGGAGAGGCUCCGAGCAGGAAGGCACGUGCUUAGAGAGUAUGGGAACAUGUCGAGCGCGUGUGUCUUGUUCAUCCUUGAUGAGAUGCGGAAGAAGUCGUUGGAGGAAGGGCUCGCGACAACCGGUGAGGGGUUGGAGUGGGGUGUCCUUUUCGGGUUUGGUCCAGGCCUGACGGUGGAGACGGUGGUGCUUCGCAGCAUGCCAACGGUGAAUAACGGAUGAAAUUGAUUCAUAACCUGUGUGAUAUCACUACCUUUAUUGAUAUUAUUAUGUUGUUACUGCAUGCGGUUUUACAGUAAGAAGAUAUUUUGAAGUUUGGAGUGAUGGAUACCUAAAUAAUCGUCUAUGGAUUAACGUUGUAAUCCUUGUGUACUAUCUUAAUAAGGUUCA